CGGAGAUGUUUGGCCAACAUUUCAUUAUUAUCAACUCGCUUCCGGUCGCUCGCGCCCUGAUGGAGAAGCGUUCUUCGAUCUACUCGGAUCGCCCGGUGAUCCCGACCGCAGAACUGAUGGGGAUAGGCUUCAGCACUGUCCAUCGUCAGUAUGGCGACGAGUGGAGACUUCACAGGAAACUAUUCCAUCAAGCGCUCCGUGCAGAGUCGGCGUCAACCUAUCGAUCAACCUAUGCCCGAAAGACCCAUGGGCUCCUAAGCAAUUUGCUAGAGUCGCCCGCCACCUUCACGCAGCACUUGAAGAGUCAUGUUGCAAGUACGGUCAUGGCUAUGACCUACGGCUACGAAACGAAGCCCAAUCAGGACCCGAUCGUGGACAACGUGGAGGAGCUCAUCCGUUUAUUGGAGAAGGAGCUUGCGCCUGAGAGAGCGGUGGCGUUGACUAUGUUCCCAUUCCUGGCGCGUGUGCCGUCAUGGUUCCCAGGUGGAGGCUUCAAGGAGUCCAUCGCGCGCGGACAAUCCUUUUCCGAGCGAGUCAUGAACGAGCCGUUUGAUUUUGUGCUGCGCACCGUCGCAAACGGAACUGCACCUCCGUCUAUGGUGUCAGAUCUCCUCGGAACACUGGACGAGAAAGAGGAUUACCAGACUCAGGAACAGGCUAUCCGAGAAGCCGCCGCCACCGUUUUUAUAGAUCAAGGUUUACUUCAGAGCGCCUCUGUGCUCCAGAGCUUCGUGCUGGCGAUGUUGCUCCACCCUCAUAUCCAGGCGCGCGCCCACGCCGAGAUCGACGCGAUCGUUGGCAACGAUCGGCUGCCCAGCUUUGAGGACCGGCCGUCGAUGCCAUACAUCGAGGCUAUCAUACGCGAGGUGCUGAGAUGGCGUCCUGUUGUACCACUAGGAAUUCCGCAUGCAACGGCCAUUGAUGACUAUUAUGAAGGAUACUUUAUUCCCAAAGGGGCUAUCGUGAUCAUGAAUGCCUGGGCAAUGUCGCGCGACCCGUCCAGGUUCGACGACCCCGAAUCCUUCCGCCCCGAGCGACACUUCACCUUCAAUGGCAAACUCAUCGACUCCCCACUGACGACUGACCCUGUCUUCGGCCUGGGGCGGCGCAACUGCCCGGGCAAGUUCGCGUCGGACGAGCUACUUUGGAUCACGAUCGUCUCCGUGCUCGCCGUCUUCAAGGUCGAGCACGCGCUGGACGCCAACGGGCGACCGGUGGAGGUCGGAGACGCGUUCGAGGGCGGGAUCGCCAUACAUCCGCGUCCGUUUGCAUGUAACUUUACCCCGCGUUAUCCUUCCGUGCCUGCACUCGUCAGGAGCACUUGUACGAAGAAGUAGCAGGCAAUUUUAUCCUGCACCGCACCUGUCUAUCGACAUAACUUAUCGAUCCCCGUCCUAUGGCCACGAGCACCACUCACGACGCUUCAACGUACCUUACGACUUGUUGUAUAACUACUAAUAGCCCCAUCUGGGCCGUACCGUUGUUGGUCAUUUUUUGUAGCGUUUACACCUUUUCUUGUCUUCUUGUUCACCAGACACUUUUCCAGCUUCCCCAUCUAAUCAACCUCCUCAGUGUAGACCGAGCAAUGCUUUCUGACAUUUGUUUACAUCUACGUGUUACAUGUCGCACAGAUCCGCUAUCC